AUGUCGAAAAACGCAUAUGCUCGUCGCGAAGUAUGCAAUCGGCGUAUGCAAGAAAUACACGACCUCUCCCUACAAGCCGCGACCGACGCGGCAAUACGAGCGACCUUCCUCGCUCGCUACUCGAGCGUAGCGAAGAUCGCGGACGAUUUUGAGGCCACCCACCUGAAGGUCAUCCAAGAAGCGGCGGAUUUCGAGGUCGAGGACGAAAUCCGAGCCAGUUUCGAUAAAAUGCAUUACGCCGUAAAGAGUCGAUAUCACCGUGAAACGGGCGCGCCAUUCGGAGGCGCGCCGGCACAGCCCUCGGGUCAGGCCUCGGUGGUCAAGUUGCCUAAGAUCCCGCUACCGCAGUUUUCCGGCGACCUUACGUUGUGGCCUUCCUUCAUCGCGUUGUUCAACGCGUCGAUACAUAACCAGCAGAUUUCCGCGAUAGAGAAAUACCAGUAUCUGCUGGCUUCACUCAAAGGGGAACCACUCAACGUGGUGAAAAACCUGCCGUUUUCCGAUGAGUACUAUCUGAUCGCUUACGACUCGCUGGUCGAUCGAUACCGGAAUAAGAGAAGGUUAGCGGACCAUCACUUGAAUUCGAUAAUCGAGGCAAAGCCAUUGAAGGCGGAGACGGCCGAGGCUCUUCACCACUUAUUAGAUACGUUUACCGAGAACACGCGCGCGCUCGCAUUGAUGAAGUUUCCUACCGAUUCAUGGGACUUUAUCCUACUGAAGUUUUUGUUAGACAAGCUUCCCCGUUCCCUUCGGGAAAAAUUCGAGUCGGCUCACCGGGCUGAGGAGAUACCGCGAUAUACACAACUCACGAAAUUUCUAGCGGAGCAUUGUCAGGUUCUCGAGGCCGUCGCGGGCCCGUCCUCCAAAACCAAGUCCACACCGGUCUCUUCGUUCGUGACUAACGCGGCCGAUUGCUCCGUUUGUAAGGAGUCUCACUACGUGUCGAAGUGCUCCCAGUUUUUAAAACUCUCGCCGAGGGAGAGGCAGGCUAAGGCUCGCGACUUGAGAUUGUGCCUCAACUGCCUGCGCUCGGGGCAUGGCAUGAAAGACUGUCCGUCCGCGUGGGCAUGUCGGUCCUGCGGCACGAAGCAUCAUACGCUUCUGCAUUACGAGCAGAGCUCUAAUACUACUCCUAAGCCCGAAUCCAUUAGCGCGACUCCUGCCGAACCGGACGCCGUACCCGCUCCUCAGUCGGAGGAUGCGCCGAUUGUAACAAUGACUAGCCGGGCCAAUAGAAUCGUCCUCCUGUCCACCGUACGAGCCGAGGCGAUAGACGCGCGUGGCAAUGCGUUCCCCGUACGCAUAUUGCUGGACAGCGCGAGUCAGGCCAACUUUAUUACCGAGGGCUGCCUCCGGAAGGGCGGCUUUCGUCGCACCAAACACAGUGCAACCGUGUUGGCGAUAAACGAAGCCAGGGCGGCCACGACGAGGGGCCUCACCUCCCUCGUGAUCCGCGCGCGCGGUCGCGACGACACUCGGUUCUCGAUAGAGACUACGGUCCUCUCUCGCAUAACCUCGCCGCUGCCUAAUGACAAGGUGGAGGUCCAGCCGUGGAAACACUUGAAGGGAUUGCCGCUCGCGGAUCCCGAGUAUUUCGUGCCCGGCGGUGUUGACAUCCUCCUGGGGGCGGACUCGUUUGUGUCGGUGCUACGGGAGGGCCGUCGUAAGGGGGAAAGGGGAGAACCCGACGCCUUCAAUUCAGUCUUCGGAUGGGUUCUGACGGGCGCGGUAUCCCCAUCAGUCCAGGCAGCGCCCCUGAGGUCAUUCGCGACUACGCUCGAGUCGAUCGCGACAUCGGUGGGUCGUUUUUGGCAAUUGGAGGAGGUGCCGGAGGACGCUUCUUGUUCGGACGAGGAUCGACGCUGCAAAGAAAUCUUCGCCAAGACCACGUAUCGUGACCCCUCGGGUCGUUUCGUGGUCUCGUACCCGUUCGUGUCGGAUCCUCCUACAUUCGUCGGCUCGCGCUCCAUUGCGGUUAGUCGUCUCCGCGCACUAGAACGUCGAUUUAAAUCUGAUCCGGAGUUCAGAGCUGGUUACAAUAGUUUCAUGCGGGACUAUCUCGAUAGCGGACACAUGGAGGUCGAGGCCGUCUUGAAUUCCAGACCCCUCUGCCCGAUGAGCACCGACCCUGCCGACCUCGAAGUCCUAUCGCCGGGUCACUUCCUCACGAUGGAACCGCUCGUCUCCGUUCCCACUCAAGACGUGACCCCGUUACCGAUGAAUCGGCUGAGUCGGUGGCAACUCGUCCAACGAAUACACCAGGACUUCUGGAAGCGCUGGCAUCAGGAGUAUCUCCAUACGCUGCAACAGCGUCCCAAAUGGUGGACCUCAGUCAACCCGCUCGGUGUCGGUGCGUUAGUCCUCCUCAAGGACGCCAACAUGCCUCCUCUGCGUUGGAGGCGAGGACGAGUGGAGGCGCUGCAUCCGGGCAGCGACGACGUCCCGCGUGUCGCCACGGUGCGGGUGGCGGACGGCACGAUCACGCGUCCCCUAGUGAAGCUGUGCCCCCUGCCGAUGGGCCCUGCUCCACAGGCGACCGAUUCAAAUUGA